AGGAGGUAUGUCAGUUCUCAUGAUACAGCUGCUUGGUCUUGUCCAUGAAUACAAUUCUUACCCAACAAAAACAUCAGUAACCCUUGAAUAUAACCACCUUGAAUUUCCUGCACUCACAUUUUGCAACAUGAAUCCUAUGAAGCAGAGUAACAUAGAUUACUUUACUAAUAUCAGCUACGUAAAUACAAUGACUGGACAGGCGAUUAGGUCUGAGGUACUUGCAAACAUACCAGAAAUAAGUUUAGAUGAGAUAGCAGCAAAAGAGUACAAUGAUACAAGAGACAGAUUUGAUAACUGGACAACAAGAUUUUUAACGGAAUUUGGUAAACUAACAGACGAGGAAAGAAUAGCUGUUGGCCACCAAAAAGAAGAAUUUAUUCACAGUGCUACAUUCUCGGGCUACCGGAUACCAAUAGAUAGAUUUCAGACAAUUCAGUCACAUGUUUAUGGAAACUGCUUUACGUUGGAUCACGACGAUAUUGUAGCUCGACGAAGCGGCCGGAAGAACAGCUUAUACAUAGUUCUCAAUCUGGAAACAAAGGAGUAUCUUGAAUAUUAUACAUCUUCUUACGGUGUCCGAAUGGUGAUACAUGAAAAAGGUACCAAUCCACUUCCAGAACAAGAAGGCGUUACACUUAACCCUAUGACAGAAGCCCAUGUUGGCUUAGGCAUGCACACAAUCACUAGGCUAGGAGGGAAAUACGGCGAAUGUACAGACGGGCGUGAAUUCCUUGAAAAAUUUAAAAUGAAUUACACUAUUCCUUUGUGUUAUUUCUUUUGUGAAUUAGAACAGACAAGACUUGCAUGCAGGUGCAUCCUGAGCUCUUCCCUUGUUAUGAAUGAAACAUCAAAAGAACGCAUUUGUGAUUUCGAAAACGAUGAGCAAUGCAUUGAAAAUGUAGCUCAAAAGAUUCGUAAAAAAGAGAUUAAAUGCGGUUGUGUAAGUCCUUGCAUGCAAACGGUUUACACAUCAACGUUGUCAAGUCGUGCAUGGCCUCAUAAACAUUAUCUGAAGAAUGUACUUUUAAAAGAUGUUUGUAAACGAAAUCCUAACAGUUUGAGACAUGUCGGAGGAGCUUCCCGUCCAGCUUGCGAUAUGAUUAUAAGUCAACUUACAAAAUCAGAACUGGAAACUAUUUCCGGUAAUUUUAUAGCCGUUUAUAUCUAUUUCAAAGAGUUGAACUACGAGGUGAUUUCGGAGGAGGCUUUGUAUAAUACAGUAAGGUUUCUGUCCGAUAUUGGCGGUGCUUUGGGACUUUUUGUGGGAGCAUCAGUGCUUACUUGUGUAGAAAUUCUCGAAAUUGGACUUAAUAUUUUGCUUUCGAUUAGAUGCAAAAGACAACAAAAUGAAGACUAAAACAUUCAUAAAAACCAAGCCCUCUUGUGAUAUUUUUUAGGUCGAAUUAACUUAUGAUCCUAGUACUUCGAAUAACAAGAGAAAGGACAUCGCUUCUCUUCUCUUAUUCCAAGAAAUACUGAUGUACACACAAAAAUAUUUGAACUACCAAACGGCACAAAAAAGUGUUAAUUAACAAACGUGGCUUGUUGUAAUAAUUCAUAUGCGUUUCUAAUAUUCAUUUGAACGUAUAUUUGUAUGCACUUAAAACUAAUGCAAAUUGUUAUUAUUAAGAUUAAAUGGACAGUGUUUGACGAAUUUCAAUUAUGCAUUUCGAUGAAUAUUCAACUGGAGAACAUUAUAGCUUUAUUUUUCACUUCUCUCAAAUAAAACAU